AUGCAAUUUAUUCCAAAAGGAAUCAAGACAGUCCUUCAUUACUAUUUUGAUUUUAGAAUGAUCUUGCCGGAACUUGUAUUAUCAUUGAUUUUACCACAUAUUAGAAAUGAUACAUCUAAAGAUGAAUACAUGAAAUCUCUUGAUGAAUUCUUGACUAAUUUACCAUCACCAGAUUUUCCGACUCAUAAUCCAUACUCAAAAUUAGCACUUUCAGUUUCAAACAUUUUUUUUGAAUUUAUUGAUUCACUUGAAUGGGAUAAAACAUCAAUAAUAGGAAGAUUCUGCGCUUGGAAUGAUUCAAUCAAAAACAAUGAGAAGAUAAAACAAACUGUUGAAAUAUUACAAUUAGUGAAAAGAGUAUUUGAAAUUACUUAUGAUGUAGGGGAUAAAAAUAAGGAAAUGAUUGAUGAGGUGAAUGAAUAG